AUGGUGUCUGUCGCAUUCCUUUUUCUUACCAUCUCAUUUCUCUCUCUCAAAGAUCGAACUAUUGCAUUAGGGAGUUCUUCGUGUGCCUUGCAGAACAAUAAUGUAGAAUUUACACUAUCGACAGCAUCUCAUUCUGCAUCCAAUUCAACAUCAAGUUGUUCUUUACAACAAUGUAUCACGACUUCAGCUAAUAAUCAGACUUGUUCUUUGUCACCAACACCUUGUUUCAACUAUCGCACAGCGAACAACAUCAGUUAUUGUGCUCCUGCUAUUGAUUGUCCAGUUUUACAGCCAUGUAAUAAUGUAACAUAUAGCUGUGCAUCGAAUGAUUCAGUGUGUAUUGUGAACUCAUGCUGUUCACCAACAGCAGUAUGUUUACCGCUGCUGACUACCAAUUUCUGUCCACGAGGUAAAAGAUCAAUGUUGAGAAAUAGAUCGAAGGGCAAAGGAACAGUUACGUAG